AUGGCAACUGAAGCCACUCCUGACACACUUGCGAAGUCCUCCACUGUUCCUGACCAUGAGCUAAACACAACUGAAACUGCCAGCCAAGAUGUCUCCCCGAUUGAACAGACUAUCGUAAACGGAAACCUCGAUACUGACAAUGACGGAAUCAAGCAAACCACAGGCGAUGCUGAUACUAUUAUCAAUUCGGCGGAGGUCAGUGUUAGUGGAGGAUCGGAUACUGAGAAUUCAAAAGCGGAAACCGCGAAAACCCAGCCAGGUCAUGUUCGUACGACAUCUACCGUAAAGAAACCCGUGUCUUUUAAGCCAGUAUCCGUCAACAAGACAUUUCUUGCUGCCAAAGGCACUGUGGUUCCUCCGACUUCUAAAACUGGUGAGAAAGGAGCUGCUGGAGCUGCAUCAGCACAAAGCGGCCCGUCACUAAGCUCUGCUCCACGACCAAGAUUAGUCGCAAAGUCCGGGAGUGGUCUACGCGACUCUGCGCCGCGAAAUGCAACAAGUACAAAUGGAAACAAGACAGGCGCGGCGCCUGAUGCCAGCGCUGUCUGGAACAAAAACAGACCUGCCGCUCCUGCCGAACCCAAACGCUUCACGGAUGAAGAAUUAAAGCAGCGUUACGGUAUUCAUUUGGCGACGAGACUUCAAUCAGACGAUCCAGGCAAGGAGAAGAAUUGGGCAGAUAUCGAUGAUGAUGACGACGAUUGGGCUCCGGAAACUAUAGAAUGGACGGACGGGACCAAGAUCACCUUACCGCAAGCCGAUGAAGUUCCUGUUUCUCCGCCUGAAGUGCCUGUUGCGCCUCCGCCAGUUUUAAAGGACAUCAAGCCCCUCGACGUACCGAAGUCAAAAUCUCCUGUUCCCACGCAAUCUGCUUCGCCUACAGUAAAGCCCAGUGGAUUUGGUUCUGGAAGAACUGGUCUGGUGCUUAAAGGAGCUGCAGAGAAGCCCACGUUGGUCGCGAAGCCCCCAGGACCUCCUACACCUGUCAAAUCACCAUGGGCAGCUUUACCACCAGUGGACAAAGUUGCACCGGUUGCAAUUGAGCUUCCACAAACUCAAGCACCCUCACAAAGCCGCUUUGUUCAUAAAGAUCCUCAUGGAUUCCAGGCAAUGCCGCCUCCUCCUGCGAAGGAGAUUGCUGCAGACGAUUUUAGUCGAUCGUGGAGAGAUGGAAAUUCGAAUACUAGCAGAGAACUGUACAACUCGCAAUCUGGUAGAUAUGAGCCAGUAAAUGACGGUCGACGAGGCUCUACUCGCAACGACGGUAGACAGCCCGCAGUGUUGCAAAGACCUCAUCAAGAUGGGCCCGCAGAGCCUUCUGCUGCAUUCCAAACGCACCGUGCAGGCAUGCAAGACCCUUCAUACGGACGCCGACGCACCUCUUCCAAUGUGAGCGGAGGCAGUGGGAAUUUUGGACGGAGAUUGAGUCGAAGUGGUCACGAGAUGCCUCCCCAUGAGCUGCUUAACAUGCGACGCGGCUCAUUGGCUGCUGUUAGCGACGCCCCUUCCUCUCCAAGAGAGGCUUCACCUUCAAGUCAACAUCCAAACCAGCGAGCCCCACAAAACAAAAGUCAAAAUCAACCAUGGCAAUCUCGUGCAUCUCCCGUGGUUAGCCACCCAUCUCCUCACUCCAUGAACGUACAAUUGGCACCAUCGGCAACUGGCUCAGUUGACGGCGGCCAGGCGCCACCACCAGCAAGCGCUGUCCUGUCUGAGGAUCAACUUUUCGAGGAUCAGAAAAAGCGUAUGCAGAUUGCGCGUGAAUUGGCCAUCAAGAGACGUCAGGAAGAAGAAGCGAGAGAAGAGGCUGCCAAGCGCGAGCGCAUCAGAAUUAAGCUGGAAGCUAUGGGGCCUCCACCAGAGACGCAGAAGAGCAAGGCGGCCACACCAAAGCAAGACAAAGUAGCACCUCUUUCCAUCCAAGCUCGCGAAUCAGCAACAGAGCCAUCUUCAGCAAAAGAAGUUGCGAAGCCCGAAGAAUCAAAACCAUCGACCAAUAAAUCUCCCUCUGAAAUCGCUCCAGCGGCACCCGCGAAAGCUGAGAAGCCAUCUGCUGAGCCUCUGCCUCGCGCAAACGGCGUCGUCGAUAGAACCGAAAUCAAGACAACCGAAGCCCUUCAACGAGGUCCAGACGGUAGAUCGUCGCAAGCAUGGCAGCCCAGCACCUCCAACAAUCACUCAGACCGGUACCAAAACUCUCAAGGUGUCUGGGCUCAACCUGUACAACAGACAUCGAGAAGUGUCUGGGGUCCUCCUCCCUCGAAUGAUCGUACUCUGGGCAAUGGGACUUUCAAUCCCGAGCUUAGUAGGGUUUCCGGGGCUCCUCACCCAGGGCCAAUUGGUCCGCCUAAUCAGAACCGGAACAACAAUGGUCAAUACAUACAGGGCCGUGACCGCAAUCCAUUUGCUCCUCGUGUUGCACCAAUCGGACCACCAAAUAAAGGUGAUCCCCAACAAGAAGAACACCGUCAAAAGCUGGCGCAAAGUGGCUGGGGAAAUGCAACUGAACUAGUCCAACAAUCCGACAUGCUCUUCAAACAGAAUGCACAGGCGGAAGAAGCGCCCUCAAAGCAUCAGGUCGCACAGGGUCCAAACUCCGCUGCACUCGGCGUGAAACUUGAUCAAACCUGGCGUCCUACGACUGUGAGUUCUGACGGGGAGAGGGUCAACAUGAAGGAAGAAUUAGCAGAACCAGUAAGAGCUUUGGAGCAACAACACCAGUACAAGGAUGUCUGGCAAUCUUCUGGCACUCGAAAUGCUGCUUCUCGACCGAGAGACUCGAGGUUCUUCCCAAACAAUCGGGAUGUUCGCUUGGAAGAGCAGCAAAUGCCCCAAUUCGACAGGCCCGGAUCCCCGUCACCUCCCCCGCCGACGAUGGCGGAUACAAACCAUCCGGCUUAUGAUGGAGAUGCACAGCGACCACAUGUCAGCCUUCCUAAGCCAGCCCCUGUUGUAAAACUACCACCCGCUGUACUUGCUCCCAUCGGGCCGCCAAAACCCGCCACAUUCGCCGCAGCUGUGAUAGCUCCGGUCAUCCCAUUAAAUCACGUCUCUCACCAAGGCCGUCAAGAUUAUGCAUCUAGGGCUGUUGCUUCACAUCACGAUGCAAGACGUGGCCAGGAACAAGCAGCAGGCGGUUGGCAAGAUCGAAUUAACAACCUAAUCGGCAGAAAGCACUCCCCACCUAAAUCGCAUGCGCUCGCUGUAGAUUCUUCCAGCAAGAAUGCCCUCGAGUUGCCUCAGUCUCAAACAGCAGCAACCGUUUCACUUCCUUUGUCGGAUUUGGACUCGGCUUCAGCAGAGACGGGCUCAACAUGCUCUAAGCCAGCAGCUGAGGAAUGUUUUGAAGAGCAGGAAAUGGGUUCUUUGCCUGUUAUCAAGGUGCCGCACACAGCGCCAGCUGCAGCAUGGUCACCAGCCCCACAGCCUCCAAGGUCUCUUCCCAGAAAAUUUCACGCCGCAGAAGUGGUCAGUCGGGAUUUCCUUCCAUUCAAUGGACCCAUCGCGAACGGCAGAUACACCUUCAGAGUUCAGCUUGCGGGCCAGAGAGAGGGGAGAAUUCUCAACGGCCCAGUGGCACCAGAGCAAAGGCAACGUAGCAAUCCAAGACGAGGUGGCUCACAGGGAGGAGUAGCCCGUGGAGCAAAUACACCACGACAAGGAUCUUUAUCAACAACACGAGGAGGACGCUCGAAGGAUGCUGGCUUCCCUUCGCCAAAAUCCGAAAACACCUCAGGAUCAUCACUAUCUAACACUGGUCGGGGAGGUCAAAGAGGUGGUCGAAAUUAUGGAUCGAAUUGGUCCCGUCAUGUUUCCACACCGUUGCAAACUUGA